AUGACUGCCCCAGAGCAGACGACUGUUGGGCCUCGCAGCGCCUCUCCCAACACCGCGACGCCCCGACUAACGCUCCCUCCAAGGGUGCACACCGUUCCCAAGCCGCUCCCCUCGGACCAGUCACCCCCUCAUCCUCAUUCUCAUCCUCAUCCUCACAUUCGCAUUCAGCGCCCUUACACCCGCCUGGACCUGCGCGGUCACCAUGACAGCGAUGCUCACGAUCUGAGCAACAGCUCUCUUGGCUUCGCCGACAUCUGCACCGUCGAUAUCUCCAGUCUGCCCUGUCCGCCCUCUCUCUCGACCAGCUGGUCCAGUUCAUCCAUCGCCGACGACUCCACAUUCGCGUCGACAGUUACCAGAGCGCACACCGUCUCCACCAGCAGCAGCCCAAGCCAGCCACCUACAUCGACCGCCUGCAGCCGCUCCAGCAGCCAAACCCGCCACGACGCGCUCCACGGCGACAACACGUCAACCCCAAGUCCAACCCCAGUCCCAGCUGCCGCCACUGUCACCAUUCGCCCAGAACGUCCCGCCAGUCCUGCGCAACCUAUCGAUUCUGUCGGUUCUGCUAGCCCUGCGGAAGCUGUCCGUCCUGCCAGCUCUGCUAGCGCCGCCAGCGCCGUCGUGGGUCAACUAACUGCCGCUCCCGCUGCUUCUGCUGGAACGACCACAACCACCUCUCACGCAGCGACUCCCGUCUCCAGGCCGCCUUCCGCUACUCCUUCCACCGCUUCCUCAGCCGCUCCCUCCUUUCGCAAACCCGCCCCCGGCCUGGCUGCCCGCCUCAAAGCCUUGGGCUUCGGCGCCGUCAAAAGGUCUUCUCCCAUUCCCCCACCGCCCAUCGAGCUCGUCGGUCGUCUCGACGAGCAGCAGCUACGCCAACUCGACGAAAAGCACCUCGCCGGCUCCAUCACUUCCGUCAUUUCAAGGAGAGGUCGCCCCUGGAGAGGCGCCGGCGCCUCUUCUACGCUCAAGUUGUCCGUCAGCCAACCCAACCUGCGACCUGCUUUGGCCAUACCCGAUCAGUCCCCGCGUCUGCCCGAGUUCGACCCUCCGGACCCUCUCGAGAUGGACACCCAAAAGUACCGCUUGCCUGACCACACCAAUGGUAAUGGCACCAAGGUCACUCUUGAGACUCGCCGCGAGCAUCUCCAACGACAAGCUUCGAUCCCCUCGCCCACCCUGCCCGCAACACCCGCAACGCCCCCGCCUCCUCCCCCCAAAAACUCACCACCACUGCCGACUACACCUCCAGCCACCCUUGGCCAAUCCGACUAUGUCGCCGGUCUGAGCUCUUAUUUUACACCCACUCGCAAUCGUCCCGGCUCCAUAUACACCCUCUCGCGAGCGUCUUUUGCCAACCAGCUCGCCCAGCUCACCUCGCUACAGCUUCCCGACGCAGGCUCGCUCUCGAGCAAAGUCUCUGCCAUACCUACUGCCGCUGCAGCUACCACUGCUCUCAUUAAUGCCGCCCACCAGAUUAGAAGCUGGAUCUCUAAGGCCCAAGAGGUCAUUGGAGGCCUUGACAGCGAAGAUGAUGUCGAGUGGGCGGCGGCCGGCGGCCGCGAAGGCCUUAGUGAUGUUGAGAGCGCCAUUGUUCGGUUCGAGGACCUCAUCAACGCGUAUGUCUCGGCGAUUGAGGAGCUUCAGCAACGCGAUGAUUCAUCUCAAGUCCCCAAGCAAGAUACCCACCAAGCUGUAUCUCAAAUGGAAAUUAUUCUAGAUGAGUGGUCCAAGAUCAAGUCCACCCUUCACAAUGUCCGCGGCCAGGUCGAGAUUGCCAUGGAAUGGGAGGAACUCUGGAACAAUGUGCUGGGGGAUAUUCAAAGUGAAAUGGACGAGCUGAGCCGUCUGGUCUUCGAGAUGGAGGAGCGCCGUCACAGGACCAUCGCCGCCAGCGCGGGCGGUGACAACAUUGAUAUUGGAGACCUAGAAACCAUUGUCGAAGAUGGUCCGACCACAGUACCAUACGCGACAUCGCCCGGUCGCUUGCCCAUCUCUACAGCCCUUCUGAGCCCCAGCUCUCCGAGCACUGCCAAUGUCGUCAGUCCCGGCUUAUCCCAAGAUGACUCUCGCUUACUCGCUUUGUUUGCACGCAUGCAGCCUUUGCGAGCCUCGCUCGACUUUUUACCCAUGCGUCUAUCCGACUUUCAAACAAAAGCGAAACCUAUUUUUCCUACUGCCUAUGACGAGCUCAACAUGAGACAAACUGGCCUCAACAACAGCUAUCGAAAGCUAGAAAAGGACGCCGAGUCGCUGCGCAAGGAACUCGGCGAGGACAGAUGGGUCAUCGUCUUUCGUGGUGCCGGUCGUCAGGCGCAAAAGAUGCACCAAUCCGUCGAGCGGUCUCUCAUCAAGCUUCGUGAAGGCGUUGACGCGAGGCUGCACCUCGUCAACCCCCCAGUCAUGACCAAGAAGAUAGAGAGUUACGAAGCCAAGAAGGUGCACUAUGGCCCCGCCAUUGAGCGUGUGCUCUCCAUCAUCGAUCGCGGCGUCAAAGACCGCCUGACAGUCAAUGGUGAAAUCUUGCGUCUGCAUCACGAUUUGCAGACUCGCUGGUCAAGACUAAAACGAAACAUGACGGAAACGGAUGGUGUCGUGGAGGCGAUUGUAGCCGACAACAGGAGCAAGCAGCUACGCGACUCUGUCUCCAGCCUCUUGUCCAACGAUCGAUCGACUGUUGGCAGCGGCCAUGAAACGCCUGGGAGCUCCCCGCCCUCGUCUGUCAUUAUGACUAGCCUAGGCUUCGACCCGCAUACUCCGGUAGCCGGCAAACCCACAACUCGCUCACCAAACCAUCUCGCAGCAUGUAACCGCAGGUCCUCGUCGCUCCCAGAGCCGGCCUCGGCAUUCUCAAGGCGACAGGCAGCAAGACUGUCCACCAUUCCAAGCUCUUCUGCAGGCACGCCUGUCCGAGGCAGCACAAUUCCUCGGCCCGCUCAUAAUCUAGAUAAUCGCCCACGUUGGAACACAUCAACAAAAACACAUGACUUGGAUGUUGGCCACAGGUACGGCCAGAUCCCACAUUCGCAGUCACACCAUGCUACACCGACCGCGCUCGCGACCCCUAAUCGGCACUCAUAUUCGGCAGCAUCACCCACGAGCACCGGCUCAAAACUGCCUACCAUGCGCGGCAUGUUUCACCGCGCCACCUCGGAAUCGCCCCAGGUGGAACAAUCGCCUUCUAGGACUAGCCAUUCGCGGCUGGGGCUCCGAGAGCGUCUCGCGUCGCCGGGUCCUUAUGCCCAGCAGUCGCUCGCCAAGAAGUCGUCCAUGACGGCCAUGGGCAACCGCCGCACUUCUCUUCAGCCCCCACGUGCUGGUCACGCCGCCGAAGAAGACCGCAGCCGGCCGGCGAGCUCACUGGCCUUGCACCGCGAAGGCCUCUUGCCUAGAAUGCCAGGUCGAUCCAGCCCCAUGCUGUCUCGCAGAAAGGAUACGGUAGACUCCAAGCCUCGCUGGAGAUUUUAA